GCUAGGUAUGAAUCAAGGGGAAGUCGAUUACCGUUCCAAAGAAACUUCAUGUCAGAAACCCAGAGGAACCAUUUGUUCAAUUUGUUAAAAUCUGGAAACAAUCCAAGACUCUAGUCAGUUUAAUAUUGGCAACUCAAGACUAUCUCUACAGUAAGGUUCGAAACAGAAGUAGGCCUUGUAGAUAUUCCAUAGUGUUUGUAUGUUCUGAAAGGUUUUUCCUUCAGGUACUUUCAUUUCCUCCCCAUUGUACAAAAACAAAGAUGCUGGAGAUUGAAAUGGCAUGCAGCGGUUUGACUGUGAAACUUUUAUCAUGGUUCUCUGGGGCUUAUCUAAGUGAAAACCUGAUGCAAAAAUUGAAAUAGCGGGACUUCCAGUACAUCAGAUGGUGACUGUCGAAACUGAGCACAUUCUUAGCUGAACGAGAACUCAGUUGUUUUCUCAUGUAAGAGACGCAGAUGUUUGAUCUACAAACAUCUAAAGGAGGAUACUGCAUCAUCAGAAUCAUUUGGACAAGAAUAAAGCAGUUUUGUUUCAUAUUGUAAUUUUUGAAGCAUAUAUGAAAUUGAAUAUAAAUUACCUUUAGGUUCUCCUAUACCUGACUUUGCCUGUUGACUAUUGGAGGUGGCACCAGGAGCGCCUGCAGACAGACGGAUAGGAUUUGCUUUUCUGUCUUUAUUAUUUAGUCUUAUUUGUAAAAUGGUAGGCUACACAGGCAGAUAAGUGUGUGUGUGGGUGUGUGUGUGUGUUACAUUGUGUGUAUCAGAUCUGCUGUUUUUGUGAGCCACGCACAAUGUGGCAUAUUCCCGUGUGCCGAGUCGGUCUGUCACGAUAAUAAAUUUUGCUGGGCGAUAAAUUGUUCCAAACGUUUUUGUGAUAAACGAUAAUAUUGUUGUUUUGAGACCAUUUUCAAGAAAUAUAACGGUAAUGGCAAAAUAAUAAUGCAGGAGCACAUUCUAAAAGAUCAAUAAACUUUAAAUCAUAACGAACAUUUAACACGGGAACUGGAAGACAUUUUAAAUGUCCAAAAUAAAUAAAACAAAUAAAAUUCAUUUUGAUGUCUUUGUAAACAAAACUGUGCUCCAAAAUAAGAGCUAGUUGAGACCAAAGCACCAAACUGAGGGCUUUUAUCAUCCAGUUUUUUUGGUGGAAACAGAGAAAAAAAGAAAUAAGUGAUAAAUCAUACCCAUGGAAAUUAUUGCAUUUGUUUUAGUUUAUUAUGCAAUUAAUUGAUUUAUUGAUUAUUGUGACAGGCCUAGUGCCAAGCGUGUCAUGCUCUUGCGACCUAUAUUUAUGUGGUCGCACUAUAUUUAUUGUGGGCCACACACAGGAUUGACAUUAGGGAUGUGGUUGUACUCAUGUUGGUCAGGUCAGAGUUUUGUGUGUACCCUCUAAGAAUAUCCUGCAUGGCUCUGGUAGGAUCUGACAAAAUAGUUCUGCAUUUUCAGAGUCCUCCAGUGAAAAUGGCUGGAAGUGCCUGCUGUACAUCAUAAACACUCAUUUAGAGGAACGAUAUGGGGUCAUUGUCUUUUUGAGGACUCAGAAGGAACCCCAGGAUGUCAUCCAAUGUGCUGCUGGUUCAGUUUUAUUGUUACCUAACUUCCUUCAAACUUUAAACCACAUUGGUCUUCGAAACCUUCAAAGCUGUUUUGCUCCAGAUCGCACAACAGAGACGCUUUGCUGUUUUGCAAAUGUACGUCAGAAAGAGGCAACAGAUGACUGGAGCGACUGAAGUGUACAAAUACACACAAACUCACACACACACACACACGUAUCUUUGCAGACUUUUAAGACGGAAGUUUAAAAGACUCAAAAUAAUUCUCUCUAGUGAAAGUAUCGAUGGCAACAGAUUUUUAUUGUUUAUCCCAUCAAACAAACUAGUCACAGAAUCCCAGAUAAAGAGAGAUUUAGUCAUUUUAUCUCUCACUAUCUCAGUGACACAAGCCACAAAGUGUGCCACCUUUCUCUGUGUUGCCUAAGAAGGAGUCUGACAUUUCCAUCUUCUAGUGCUGCUAUGUGCUCUACUAAAAGAAAGUAUAUUCUCUAAAAAGAUAAAAACAAAAGUGAAAACAAUUUUAACAAUGUAAAAAGCAUUGAAAAAAGGAACAAUAAGAUAAAGAUAAAUGUAAACAUUAAAAAUGAAAAAUGGAACAUACUCACUUACAAAAAUCUAACACUUCCAAUCCUUUGGGUUUGUUGUACACCCUGACAUUGCAGCAAUGAUAAAAAAUGCACUCCAUCGUGAAGCCCAAGAUACAAUAAUUCUGACAUUGUUAAGCUGGAGUUGAAUAAGUUUUAAACCAACUCUACCAUAGGUACGCCUGAAAACAAACAUGAUCUGUUUUCGUUUAUUUUGAAAUAUCUCACACAUCCAGUUGACUCAUGCCACGGCUGUCUGCUGCCUGCAUUUCACGCUGCUCCCACAGCCUGACGUUCAGAGAAACCUGUGAAGACAGUAGGCAUGUGUGAGUCAGUGAGACCCCCAUACGAUGACAACAGAAGGGAGGAUUUACUGGAAAGCCCUGCGCUUAAUAUAGCGAUGUGGUGGGGGAGCCGGGGUGAUUUUGUGAUUUGGCUGGCCGCACUAAGAGGAUCGCUGUCCUGGCGCGUUGAUGCGUGAAAGAGAGCAAGCGAAGCAUUUCAAGAUAAGUGUGCAUGCCAGACUUGAAACUGUGAAGUUGUGCUUCAGGAGCGCUGCGCCGAUAUUCUAGUUUCACAUUUGCACGUUUUGCUCUGGUGUCACUUGUUCUCACAGGCAGAAGCUGGGAAGUGAAAGAGAAGGGGAAGUUUUUGCAGUGAAUAAAUGCCUUGUGAAGGAGGCAGAUGUGCGAGAUCUGCGGUUGGAAUUACUCAAACCUGCAGCUGUUUGUGGAGUUCAGGCUAGCUUGUUCACCGACACCUUGGCGAAGAGCGUCUAACGCGUCACACUCGGAAGUUAGUCUGCUGACAGCCAUGAAGACCCAAAUGGCGGAUCAUCUAACGACUGUGUUUUUCAUCAUCAGCCUCCUGUCAGCUGGUUCAAGUGAACAUGACCCUUUUCUGGAGUUUUGUGGCAAAUGGCGCCAUGGCAACAAUCCCCUGAGCCUGAACAUUGACAUCUCUCCAGGUCAUGGUUUGCUCAGUGUUUCAGCCAAUGAGAGUUUUCUGUCUGUCAGAGGAAGACUCACUGCAGAGUGUGAAAAGACUCAGGUGAUUCCUCUCGACAAAUAUGUAAUUCAUCCAGAUACGGACUUCUGUCUGCACUGGGAGCCUCUGCUGGACCAGAUGAUGCUUAAGGUUGGAGAAAGAAAUCUUAUUCUUUGCCCUCCUUCAAGUCCUGCACAAAAUUGUUGCACAGAUUUAAGUAAUGGGCCCAAUAUGCCUGAAGCGAAAUAUGGUAUCGCUAAAGGAAGAGUCCGAAAUGAUGACAUCACAGAUAAAACAUUGGAAGGCUACAACUUCAAGGGACUGUUCACUGACUGCAAGAAGUUGUGUGACCUCGCUAACCAGACCUCUGUCAAAGGGUCUCAUGACACCGAACAUCCGUGCUCUCAGAGAUACAAGAACGAGAUGAAGAAAGAUUUCAAAGGGAAAAAAGUCUCAACAAGUGGACCAAAGCAAAAGACCUCUGUCACCGUCGACCUCCCUCCUGCCCUGAAACCAGCCACGACAACAAUGAGCAAAGUGUCCGUGACAUUCUAUAAGAACAUCUCCAUAUUCCCGGCUUUCUCUCUGGCACCACAUAAAACUGUAAGCGCCGAGGAUGCCAGACCUCUCCUGGAUGUGGUGGAAAUCUCAGUGGAGAAUGAGAACAUCACUGAUUUGCCUGAGCCGAUCAAGAUUUUCUUUGACCAUGAUUACAUACCUUGGAACCUCAGAAGAAAAUGUGUUUCCUGGGACACUAACAGAGAUCCUUUGGAGGUGAACUGGUCGGGGUUUGGAUGCAAGACAAAGAGGAAAGGAUCAAGGCACACUGAGUGCCAGUGUGACCAUCUGACUUACUUCACAGUGCUGGUGCAAUUGGAGCCUAAACCGGUGCGCCACCUACUGGCACUUACUGCUAUUACCUACGUAGGCUGUGCAGCAUCCUUCAUCAGCUGCAUCGGGGUCAUGGUGUUUUUCUGCAGGAACAGGAGGCGGACCAAGGAGCAGUCUGUAGCCAUCCACCUGGGCUUAGCUUUGGCCCUGGCCCUCCUCAGCCUGCUCUUCUUCUUUACUGGGGUUCUGGCCAACGUGGGAGGUGACGAUGUGUGCAGCUGGGUGGGGGCCCUGCUCCACUACGCCCUGCUCAGCUCCCUCACCUGGAUGGGGAUAGAAGUGCUUAACACCUUCUGGUUGAUCUACAUGGUGUUCAGACCCUCCCCGCCGCCCUACGUGUGGUACCUGAUCGGUUUUGUCCUCCCAGUUGUUCCUGUUGGUAUCCUGGCUGGUGUGGGGGAUAUUUAUGGAAUGGCAGAAAUUGAACCGGCUGACAAUGAAGAUGAUCCUUAUCGGAUGUGCUGGAUGAAACUGAAUGAACAAACUGCUUUACUAGCUCACUACUUCACCACCAUGGCCCUGCUGGCCAUCCUGGUGUCUUCUGGGGUCGUGAUGCUCUUCCUGGUGUUCCGGGAGAUCCGCACCAGGGACGAGUGGAAGCAGAACCGGGUGGCUUUCCUCAGCAUCUGGGGACUCAGCUGCCUCUUUGGAGUAACCUGGGGUCUGACCUUCCUGAAUGUGGAGCCACUGUCAGACUUGAUCCUCUUCCUCUCCUGCUUCCUGAACUCCUUUCAAGGUUUCUUCCUGAUGCUGAGGUUCUGCAUGAUGAACUGGGUCCGGAAACAGGCCAGGAGGUCGGUUCUGGGCAGCACCAGCUCCGGGUCCGUCAAGCAGCACAUGCUUCAGUCGACCGAGAAGAGCUAGCCACUCCGAGUUCAAGGUGUGAGGUCGACUGUGAGACACAGAUCAUUGUACAUAACAAGAAUCAGUCCAGAGGCAGAGUUCUGAGCUCAGGUUUCCUGUGAGUUUGUUACGUUGUGAUGUUCUAACAGAAAACACUGACAGAACGAGCACUGGCUGAACCAAUAAGAUCGAUACAAUCACUUUGAGGCAGAGUUUAGUGGUAGAACCACUGACUUCGAGUCAAGGUUGUGAUGAUGAAAUGGUAUGAUAAUCCUAACAUGCUACUGAUAUCUUGUUCCAUUUGAAGGGCUUCUCAGAGACCAAAAUCCAUUAUUUAAGCUUUUCUGUAUCAGCUUUUCUUCAACAUAUUUUUAUUUAAUGGACCUUAUAAUAAUCUAUCAGUUAUAUCACUUUUUUGCAGCAAAGAACAAGUGAUUGUGUCCCGUGUGGAUUCGGUUCUGACAGCAGAUUGUUUUCUAAUGGACCUUCUCCCUGCAUUACAUUCAGGUCCUGGAGCUUUUCACAACACAUCAACAUAAUUAGCAGCUUCGCAUGCUGACACCAAUCAGGUGGAAGUGACAU